AAAGGUUGGUUGGUUCAAAAGGAGAUACAGCAGACACACUCUCACUCAGUGUCUUCACUUCAGCAGCAGCAGCAUCUCCUCCUCCUCUGUCUACUGCUGACCCAGACAUGGACGGAAACUGUUACAACCCGAACAUGGCCGGAAACUUGGGAUGUGGCAGAACAAAUAAUGCAGAGCUGAGAAUGGUGAUGGUGGGGAAGACUGGAAUUGGGAAAAGUGCCACUGGAAACACCAUUCUGGGACAACAGUGCUUUGUCUCAAAGUUCAGCGCAGCGUCUAUGACUGUUGACUGUUCCAAGGGCAAAUCUGUGGUGGAUGGGCAGCAGGUUGCUGUUAUUGACACCCCAGGUCUGUUUGACACCAGGUUUGGUAUGAACAAAACAGCUAAAGAUUUAUGCCAGUGCAUCUCUUACGCUUCUCCUGGACCCCAUGUAUUCCUGGUGGUCAUCAUGCUGGGCAGAUACACUGAAGAGGAAAAGCAGACAGUGCAAAGGAUUCAAGAUAUCUUUGGCCAGGCCGCAGACAAAUACAGCAUGGUUCUCUUUACCCAUGGGGACCUUCUUGAGAACAUCACUAUCGAGGAGUUCUUGGCUGGAAGCUCAGACCUGCAGGAACUCGUGGCCAGAUGUAACGGCCAGUACCAUGUCUUCAACAAUAAGCUGAAGGACCGCUCUCAGGUCACAGAGCUGCUCCAGAAGAUCAGAAAUAUAGUCAAGAAGAACGGAGGAAGCCACUACACCAACGAGAUGUUCCAAGAGGCCGAAAGGGCAAUUGAAGAGGAGAAACAACAGCUGAGAAUGGUGAUGGUGGGGAAGACUGGGAAUGGGAAAAGUGCCACUGGAAACACCAUUCUGGGACAACAGUGCUUUGUCUCAAAGUUCAGCGCAGCGUCUAUGACUGUUGACUGUUCCAAGGGCAAAGCUGUGGUGGAUGGGCAGCAGGUUGCUGUUAUUGACACCCCGGGUCUGUUUGACACCAGGUUUGGUAUGAACAAAACAGCUAAAGAUUUAUGCCAGUGCAUCUCUUACGCUUCUCCUGGACCCCAUGUAUUCCUGGUGGUCAUCAUGCUGGGCAGAUACACUGAAGAGGAAAAGCAGACAGUGCAAAGGAUUCAAGAUAUCUUUGGCCAGGCCGCAGACAAAUGCAGCAUGGUUCUCUUUACCCAUGGGGACCUUCUUGAGAACACCACUAUCGAGGAGUUCUUGGCUGGAAGCUCAGACCUGCAGGAACUCGUGGCCAGAUGUAACGGCCAGUACCAUGUCUUCAACAAUAAGCUGAAGGACCGCUCUCAGGUCACAGAGCUGCUCCAGAAGAUCAGAAAUAUAGUCAAGAAGAACGGAGGAAGCCACUACACCAACGAGAUGUUCCAAGAGGCCGAAAGGGCAAUUGAAGAGGAGAAACAACGCAUCCUGAAAGAGAAAGAAGAGCAAAUGCGAAAAGAAAAAGAGGAACUGGAGAGGAAAAUUCAGGAAAAAUACGAAGAAGAGAUGAAGGAAAUUUAUGAGAAACACCAGGCUAAGAGAGAGAGGGAGAGAAGAAAGAAAGAGAGGGAAAUAAGGAAGGAAAGGGAAAGGAUGGAGGAGGAGAGGAGGAGGGAGAGGGAGGAAAGAGAAGCAGAAAGGAAGAGAGAGGCAGAGGAAAGAAAGAGGGAGAUUGCAAAAAUGAUGAGAUGUUUAGAGGAACAGCGUGAAAGAGAACUGCAAGAGGAAAGAGAAAGGUUGAGUGAAAGCCGUAGGCAAGCACAGCGGCGAGCUGAGCCGGACGAUAGUUGUACAAUUCUCUGAUUUGGUUUUCCUGUUUUUCCAUGUAAGUUGCUGCUCAGAAGUGGAGUAAACUAUUGAACUAUUUUAAUGUAUGAGAUGAAGAAACAUUCAUAAUGGCCGCCUCUCACCACAUGAAAAUGUAUCAACCAUUGUUACCUCUAGUUGACAUACAGACUUACUUUCAUAGUUUAAAUUUAGUUUUGGCGUAAUUGGCGCUAUAAAAAAUUAAAUUUAAUUGAAUAGAAUUUAAUUGAAAAUGCAAUGUGAUUGCAUCGUUUAUACCAUAACUCUGAAUAAAAUUUUUUUUUAAUUUGAUGAAGAAAA